AUGGCCAAGACAGCGACCGCGUACAAAGAGAAGAUGAAGGAGCUGUCCAUGCUCUCCCUCAUCUGCUCCUGCUUUUACCCAGAGGCACGCAACAAGCUUGUGACUGAGUUUGAAGGUAUGGAUCAGCUCAAAGAUAUGGAGGUGAAACCAAUAAACAAGCGGGCCUCGGGCCAGGCCUUUGAGGUGAUUCUCAAGCCUCCCUCUCCGGUGUCCGAAGUGGCCCACAACCUCCCCUCACCCCCCAAGAGAGACAUCUCUCUGGAGGACAUUGAGAAGAAACUGGAGGCUGCUGAGGACCGGAGGAAGUACCAGGAGGCCCAGGUGCUGAGGGCCUUGGCGGAGAAGCGCGAGCACGAGAGGGACGUGCUGCUAAAGGCCAUGGAGGAGAACAGCAACUUCAGCAAGAUGGCCGAGGAGAAGCUCCAGAUGAAGAUGGACCAGAUCAAGGAGAACCGCGAAGCGCUCAUGAUGGCCAUGAUUGAGCGUCUACAGGAGAAGGAGAGACACGCCGCCGUGGUGCGCCGGAACAAAGAGAUGAGGGAGGAGCUGACGGCAUAA